AUCAAACAAGAUCACACAUGACUAUAUUUAGGCUUACACAUUGAGAGAAUUUGAUGAGUCAAAGUGCUUAGAUGAACAGUUCCAAAAGUCAAAAGUGGACAAAGAGAGUGGGACGGAGGUAGUAUAUUGCAAUGUGUAGUAUGGACUAAAUCCUAAAAUCAAGUGAUUGAGUUUUUUCACAGCCAAGUUGAGUUUAACUUGUAAUCACUUUGUUGCUCAAGUCAACAUGCGAGUUGUUAACAUUUGCUGUGUUUGAGUGACAUGAACUUCAUAGUGGUUGAUGACUUGUUGCAGCUUGCUGAAUCAGCAAAAUCCCAGUUUUCUGCCCGUGACUUCAGUGACCACCUCACUCUUGUCCGUGCUUAUGAAGGCUGGAAAGAUGCUGAGAGGAACCAGUCUGGUUAUGAAUACUGUUGGAAGAAUUUUCUCUCUCAACAAACUCUUAAAGCCAUUGAUUCUCUUCGGAAGCAAUUUAGCUACCUGCUCAAGGACACUGGUUUAGUUGGUGGUGUCGAAAGUUGCAACAUGUGGAGUCAUGAUGAACACCUUGUUCGAGCAGUUCUCUGUGCUGGUCUAUUCCCUGGAAUAUGUUCUGUUGUGAACAAGAAGAGGUCAAUAUCAUUGAAAACAUUGGAUGAUGGAGCCGUUCUCUUGCACUCGAAUUCUGUGAAUUCCGUUGAGCCUAGAAUUCCAUACCCAUGGCUCGUGUUCAAUGAAAAAGUGAAAGUUCAUGCCGUCUUCCUCCGUGAUUCUACAGCUGUUUCUGAUUCGAUGGUUAUUUUAUUUGGGGGAAAUAUUUCAGAAGGCAGUACACAUGGGCACUUAAAAAUGCUGGGAGGAUACCUGGAGUUUUUCAUGAAACCCACUCUAGCAACCACAUAUGCAAGACUGAAGAGAGAACUUGAUGAGCUAAUCCAUGAAAAGCUUCUGAAUCCAAAAAUAGACAUAGGCAAUCAUGAUGAGCUAAUGUCAGCAGUAAGAAUGCUGGUUUCAGAGGAUGCAUGUGAAGGUAGAUUUGUGUUUGGCCGUAAUAAUAAACAAGAGUCUGCCAUCAAAUCCAAACGAGAUGUUGAGGCAGGCGCUGUUUCAAAAAGGGGCAGCGGUGGUGACAACCCAAAGUCUCAACUCCAAACUUUGCUUGCUCGAGCUGGAUAUGAAGCUCCCAUUUAUAAAACAAAGCAACUAAAUAAUAAUCAGUUCCGAGCUGCGGUAAUGUUCAAUGGUAUGCAAUUUGUUGGCCAUCCAUGCCGUUGUAAGAAAGAAGCAGAAAAGACUGCUGCUGCCGAAGCUGUUCAGUGGUUUACUGCCAUCAAAUCCAAACAAGAUGGUGAGGCAAGCACUACUUCAAGAAAGGGAAAUUUUGAGGCCGGUCCCAUUUCAAGUAAGGGCAAUGGCGGUGACAACCCGAAGUCUCAUCUCCAAACGUUGCUUGCUCGAGAUGGACACGGAGCUCCCAUUUAUAAAACCAGGGAAUUAAACAAUGAUCUGUUUCGAGCAACGGUAAUGUUCAAUGGUUUGGAUUUUGUUGGCCAUCCAUGCCGUAGUAAGAAAGAAGCAGAAAAGGCUGCUGCUGCCAAAGCUGUUCAGUGGCUAACUGGAGAUACCCAAUCUUCCCAGGAAACUGUUGAACACUUGUCUGCAAUACUAAAAAGAAGCAAAAAGAAACUCGUUGCUUCAAGCUGGAGGUGAGACGUGGAUAGAAAAUAUCUUAAAACAAAUCCAACAAUUGCUUCCACCGCAAGUGGUCAUUCAUAGUUAACGAUUCUUUAUACUCACGUCUUGGCGAAAGAAAGAUUCUUGUGAAGAGUGACUCUCUACCUGUGUUGGUUUACGAGAGAGGUGGGAGGAUCAAUCUUUGGAGGCAGAAUAGAAGAAAACCCCACUCCAAAUUAGCAACUGAAAGUAACUAAAUUUAAGCCAUUCGUGUCGAGUUCGAUAGAAGUGGCGAUAUACAUACUCCAGGUGGCAGCAGUGACAGUUACUCUGUUCGUAGUGACUUCGGGCUCAGAUCCUAUUGCUUUUAGGUGAGUUUUCUAGUAAUGGUUAUGGAAUCUGCAUAUGGGUAGGCACUCAUCCAACUGCUUAACUUAACCUUAGCUUGUUCUAUUUCAUGGGAUGUAUUUCUGAUAGUAGAAUAGAAGCAUGGCCCCCAAACCCUCAUGGCAUGUUUGGGUAGGAGGGUGUUUAUUUAUAGGACUAAAUCUGCAAUAGUAGACAUGUUAGGGGUUUACAUUUUUUUUAGAUUAUAUGGGCUAUGCCUCAUAAAUAAUUUGGUUGUCUGAGUUUUGU